AUGAGCGGUUUGACCAACAGAGUGAAAAGAGGAUCGAGGGGUAGUGCAACUUUACUCGAAGCUGCAAACAGGAUUUUGCGUUUACUUGGCGUGAGCUCCACGAAGCGCGGGAAACAGCCCUCGCCCAAAACUAAGAUAAAUAGUCGAGCGUCGAGCGAGGCUCGUGCCCCUAUCGCGGCGGCCGAAACUAUAGUCGAGACUCCGAUUAAAAUGCAAGCUGCCUCGGUGCCUGCACCGGCGGCUGCGUCGCCUGCGCCCGCAUCCUCUGCACCCACACCAGCACCGGCACCCGCUUCAUCGCCCGCACCAAGUCAACCUCAAAAACCUACCAAACGAACAGCUAAAGAUUACAUUUUUGGCAAAUUAAUCGGCGAUGGCUGUUACAGCACCGUAUUUCUUGCGAAGGAUAUUCACAGUGGAAAGGAAUAUGCAAUAAAAGUGUGCGAAAAACUUCAUAUCAUCCGGAAAAAGAAAAGAGAAUACAUAAAACGCGAAAAAGAUGCUUUAAACAUGCUAUUCAACGUACCACACGGAUUCGUUAAACUUUAUUGCACAUUUCAGGAUGAGGAAAGACUUUAUUUUGUAUUGUCCUUUGCUAAAAACGGUGAACUACUCUCGUAUAUAAAUAAAGUGGGCUCUUUCGAGCUAAAUGUAGCGAAAUUUUAUGCCGCUGAAUUACUGUUGGCUUUAGAAAAGAUGCAUGCCAAAGGGAUCAUUCACCGUGACUUGAAACCAGAAAAUAUAUUAUUAGACGAAAACAUGCAUUUGCAAAUUGCUGACUUUGGAACGGCAAAGAUACUUGAUCCAGAAGAAAUUCGAUCAGCUCCGAAUACCACAGAUAAUGAGGUUCAAAAUGAACGAUCUAGGAAAAUUAGUUUCGUUGGAACUCCUCAGUACGUCAGUCCAGAAUUGUUGCAUGAUUGCGUUGACACGCGUGCCUCAGACUUAUGGGCGUUGGGAUGCAUCAUAUACCAAAUGAUUUCUGGGCUGCCGCCUUUCCGAGCUUCUACAGAAUUCUUAACGUUUAAAAAAAUAUUUAAAAUGGACUACGAGUUUCCAGAAGGCUUCCCAGCUGAUGCAAAAGAUUUAGUAGAAAAAUUAUUGGUACUAGACCACACUAAAAGACUUGGAGCUAAUGAUAAAGGAGAAACUUAUGAUAGUAUUCGCAAUCAUCCAUUUUUCGCUGGUAUCGAUUGGGCCAAAAUUUGGGAGCAGACACCUCCACCUAUUAGCCCAUAUUUACCUGGAGGAUCGUUUGAAGAAGAAUAUAAUGUCCCUGAUGAUAUUGAACCAGGUUUCUGCAAUAACAGGCUUCUGAGUCUCUGGCAAGAAGAUUUAUCUACCUCCAAAGGUAUCCUAAACAUAAGUCCUGAAGAGAAACGUCAGCGUCUCGAAGCGCAAUCAAGGGACAGCAAAUGGCAUCAGUUCGUCGACGGCGAACUAAUAUUAAAACAAGGCUUGGUCGACAAGAGAAAGGGGUUAUUUCCUCGACGGCGAAUGUUGUUACUUACGACUGGACCACGCUUAUUUUAUGUCGAUCCUGCGAACAUGGUUCUCAAGGGAGAGAUUCCUUGGUCAUCGGAACUACGAGCUGAGGCAAAGAAUUUCAGGAUAUUUUUAGUGCACACGCCUAAUCGUACAUAUUACUUGGAAGACCCUGAUUCUUAUGCGUUAGAGUGGGCUCGCAUGAUCGAUGAGGUGCGCAUCGCCACAUACUUACGUCGGCCAGGAGCGUGGCGCAACGAGUGGCGCCACAUAUGUUCAGCGCGCCACGACCUCGGCGUGUGUGCGCACAGUAACGCUGACCAAGAGCGUGGCGCCACAUGUUCAGCGCGCCACGACCCCAGCUUGUGUGCGCACAUAACGUCAGCUAUGAGCGUGGCGCGGCGAGCGGCGCCAUAUAUGUUCAGCGCGCCACAACCUCAGCGUGUUUGCGUGCGCACAGUAACGUCGGCCAGGAGCGUGGUGCGGCGAGCAGCGCCACAUAUGUUCAGCGCGCCACGACACGACGACCGAUCGACUCCCACUCGAUCACUCUGGAUACUGAUUGACUGA